AUGGCAACCCGCUCCCGGCCGCCCUCUCGAACCCGCUCCCCUAUCGAUCAAGGGGACCUGGGACCCUUCCUUCCGUCAGCCGCCCCUGUCGAGCUUGGGGAAGUAUCCCUCAAGCGCGUCACACACCUCCUCCUUGGCCUCCUUGGCCAAGUCAAACGCCUCAAAUGGGAAGUUGGGGAAAUCAAAGAAGCAGGGAUUGAAACCCGCACCAACGUCAAGAAUAUAUCCCAAGCCGUCGAUGUUGUCAAGGAUGGGCUUAGAAGCCUCCAACUCCACGGGCCAAGGACCCCAGAAGAUACCAAGCCCCCAAUUGUGGAAGCAACGCCACGCCCCUUAUCAAAAGUUGACCCUAUUGGAUCGACUAGUUGGGUCUUGUUCUGGCCCGAACCAUCCAAAGGACUCCCCAGCUUUGCCCAACCCACUCCUGUACGAGCAGUGCCCCCGCGAGUGCCAUCUCCCCCUCCAUCUCUGCAUCUCCAAUCCCCAAUUGGAACAGCAGCCCCUCCACCUCCGGCUCCAGCCGCCGCCUAUCCUGCCCCGGUCAAAGUAGACCACCCAGACGCCUACACAGGCAAAAUUGGGAGCAAAGCCAAGCAAUGGCUCACAAGGAUGUUGGCAUGGACCCGGCUAAACGCCCGGAUGUUCCCCACAGAUCAGGAGGUCUUAUCCUUCCUCCUGAUGAAUAUGAAGGAUACUGCUGGAGCCUGGGCCCAUCCUCACCUCGACCAGCUUGGGUCACACCGAGCAAUCAUCCAAACAGUCAAAGGGUUCAAAAUGGAGUUCCUGGCAGCAUUUGGCAACCCUGAUGCCACAAGGGCCGCCAAGCGGAAGAUAACCACUCUUACCCAGUCCGGCACGUGCGCGGACUAUAUUACGAAGUUCAGAACCCUGGCAAUGGAACUGGACUGGAACAACGCGGCCCUUCGUGGCCAGUUUGCCCGCGGCCUUCACUGGGAAGUCAGCCGCCAAAUUGCAACCCGCAAGCACCGGCCCCGCACACUUCUUGAGCUGCAAAAUGCAGCACUUGUCAUUGACAACGCUCUCCGCGAAGAGCGAGCUAGCCACCCACCGAGGGAUAAUAAGUCUAGCAGACCAUCCAACCCUGCAAGGGGGACGAGUACCGGCCAAGCCACAACCGGUUCGAAGAAACUCUCCGAUGACCCCAACUUUGUGUCGGAGGAAGAACGCAAUCGCCGCCGCGCCGCAGGCGCCUGCAUCAAGUGCGGCAAAAUGGGUCACAAAUUUGCGGAAUGUUGCACGGGCUGGAAAGCCACCCCUAUUGAGGACAAGGGGAAGGCUAAGGAAGCCGCCAAAAUUGGCAAAGACUCCAAGUACCAAUUGGGAAAAGAAAUUUCCCCCCUGUUCACAAUUUUGAUUAAACCAGAGAAGCAAGCGGAACACCUAGAAGUCCUGAUAGACUCAGGCGCCACAUCGUCAUUCCUCCACCCACGUACCGCUGAGGCACUACGCCUACCUCUCAUAGAUCUCCCAACACCCCGCACCGUUACUAUGCUCAAUGGGUCGAGCCCCCAGGCUGGCAAAAUCUGGAAAAAGGCGUCACUAACCUUUACCUUUGAUGGCAAGAAAAUGACUGAGACCUUCCUUAUAUGCAAUACAGGGUCUCAUGCUGCCAUUCUGGAACACGUGGCCAUUGCCAAAGAGGAGGAAGCUGAUCAAACACCCCUUGAAGGAGUACCCCCAGAAUACCACCAGUAUGCCAAGGUAUUUGGGGAGGAAGAAUUCAACAAGCUUCCCCCACACUGGCACUACAACAUUGGGAUUGAACUCACAGAGGAAGGCCCCCUCAAUUUGCCUCUCUAUAGUAUGACCAAUGCCGAGUCCGCUACGCUCAAGGACUGGCUCAGGGACGAACUCAAGGCGGGCAAAAUACGCCCUAGCAAGUCUUCCAUCAGUUCCCCCGUGAUGUUUGUCCCUAAAAAGGACGGCUCCCGUUGCUUGGUUGUUGACUACCGCCGCCUGAAUAACCGGACCAAAAAGAACGUUUACCCGUUACCCCGUCCUGAUGACCUCAUGGCCCAGCUCCGUGGCACCAAGGUCUUCACCAAACUAGAUCUAAGAUGGGGUUACAAUAACGUCCGGGUUAAGGAAGGUGACGAAUGGAAAACCGCGUUCUGUACCAAGUACGGCCUGUACAAAUCCCUUGUCAUGACCUUUGGCUUAACCAACGCCCCGGCAUCAUUCCAACAUUUUAUGAAUGAUUUGUUUAAGGACCUGCUUGAUGUAUGCGUCAUCAUAUACCUUGAUGACAUCCUGAUCUACUCCAAGGAUGACGCCACACACACCCAGCACGUUCACAAAGUCCUACGCCGGUUGAUGGAAAACCAAUUGUUCUGUAAAGCAUCCAAGUGUACCUUCCACGUCACCUCCGUGGAAUACCUGGGAAUUAUUGUUUCGGACAAAGGUUUCAGCUUGGACAAGCUCAAGAUCCAGGCGGUACAGGAAUGGCCUACGCCCACUAAGGUUAAAGAAGUUCAGUUGUUCCUAGGCUUUGCUAACUUCUUACGCCGCUUUGUUGCCAACUUUAGUCACAUGGCUAGGCCGCUACACAACCUAGUCAAGAAGGACACUCCUUGGAAAUGGGACAUCAAGGAACAAGAGGCCUUCCAGGGGUUAAAGGACGCUAUUACCAACGCACCCGUACUAUGUCAUGCAGACCCGUCCAAGCCCUACUUCCUAGAGACAGACGCCUCAGGGGCAGCACUAGGCUCCAUACUCAGCCAACGCCAGGAAGACGGCCGCCUCCACCCACUAGGUUUUCUAUCUGAGUCAUUCAAGGGCGCCAAACAGAACUAUGACACCCACAACAAGGAACUGUUAGCCAUCAUCCGUUCCUUUGAGUAUUGGCGUAUCUUCUUGGAAGGAACCGUUCACCCUGUCACUGUGUUCACUGAUCACCGCAACUUGGAGUAUUGGAAGGAGUCACAAACGUUUAACCGACGACACGCUAGAUGGCACCUACUGUUAGCAGGCUACAACUUCCAAAUUGUUUACCGCCCUGGGAAGCAGUCAGGAAAACCCGAUGCCCUUUCACGCCGCUCUGAUCACGCCGAUAUCCCACCCGCUGACCAAACCAUGCUUCCGGAACCCAUAUUUGCCAACGUAGCCUUAGUCACGCCAGAGAAGGAAUUACAACGCCAGAUUGAAUUGUCACUCGAUCAGGACGAGUCUUUGGAAGAAAUCUUACAGUUUCUACAAAACAAGUCCAAAGCCCCACCUUCUAUCAAACGCGCAUUUAAGGACUACGAAAUGGAAGCAGGUCUAUUGUUCUAUCAAGGACGUAUUGUGGUCCCUGAUGUGGGCUCUCUAAGGACGGAUCUCCUAUGGAUAUUCCACAAUAGUCCCCUGGCAGGGCACCCUGGUAGGCAGCGUACUCUAGAACUAGUUUCACGCAACUACUAUUGGCCAGGCAUCCAAGCAGAUACAUACUGGCAUGUGGAUUCCUGUGAGACCUGCCAACGGAUCCAAAAACCAAAGUACGCCUCCAUCCCCCCACAGCCACUUGAACUCCCAUCCAGGCCGUGGCAACACGUUUCCUAUGACAUGAUUGUAGACUUACCAAAGGACGGAAGCAACGACUCCAUCCUAGUCAUAGUGGACAGCUUCACCAAGUACGGCAUCUUUGUUAAAUGCUCCAAAAAGCUCAAGGCACCCAAACUUGCGGAGUUGUUCUUGGAACAUGUAUGGAAACGCCAUGGGAUGCCGGAAAAGACUAUAUUGGACAGAGGCAGGGUUUUCAAUAACAAGUUCUUGCAGGCCCUGUACAAACGAUUGGGCAUUGAUCCUCAUUUCUCCUCCGCCUAUCACCCCCAGAGCGAUGGUCAGACGGAACGAGUAAACCCAUCCAUCGAACAUUUCCUCAGGGCUUACUCAGGGGUUAACCAACGGGACUGGACUAAAUGGUUACCUAUGGCCAAAUUUGCCUACAACAACGCAGUCCAUAGCAGCACGGGAAAAACGCCGUUCAAAGCCCUAUACGGGUGGGAACCUAAUUUGACACCAUCCAACGUCCCUACCAACGUACCAGAAGCAGAUGACCUAGCUGAAACAAUGGAGGCACAAUGGAAGGAAGUGGAAUCUGCUUUACGACAAUCCAAGCAGCGAAUGGUAGACGGAGAGUACGGAGCCCCAAUAGAAUUUGAAGUUGGAGAAGAAGCAUGGCUUGAUGCCAAAAACGUAAACCUCAAGACCCUGAGCCCAAAGUUAACGGAACAACGCUUGGGGCCAUUCAAGGUUACUGAAAAAAUCUCUGACCGCGCUUACCGGCUCGAACUACCUCCAACCAUGCGCAUCCACAACGUAUUCUACGUAGGACUUCUGUCAAAAGUCAAAAGGGAUGACAAACGCACCUUUGAGAAUUGCCCCCCACCAGUCACCGUGGAUGGAGAGGAAGAAUACAAGGUUGAGGGAAUCACGGACAUGGAAGAAAGGGACGGAAAAUGGUUCUUUAGGGUAAAAUGGAAAGGCUAUGGAUCAGAGGAGAACACUUGGGAACCAAGGGAAAACCUCAAGAACGCCAAAAAAAUCCUGAAAAAAUUUGAAAAGGAGAUGAAAAAGAAGGCCCUUGGCGCUGCCAAGGCCCUUAGAGGGGGGGCAGUGUCGUAG